GUGCAGCCUGAUUGGCUCAGGCCUGGAAAAGAUUGCUCGGGGAUUCAGAAUGUACAGGCCGCAGAAGCAGUACCAUUGGAAAAUAACGCAAAACUAAUUGGGACAUAUUCAGUAGAAUAGGAGGAUUGUCAACACGGCGAAGGGAAUCAAGGACCAGGUGUUUUCCUCCCAAAUGACACAAGCACUGCUCAGCUUUUUUGAUGCUUUUACAAGAAUUAAACAAAUAGACAUCAAAUGUGAAGCGUUCUGAAAAACAACAGAUAAUGGAUCAAGGUGGAGGGGUGUUAGAGCUUCACACGCAGGAUUUGAAAAUGCCCCAUGCAAUGAUAAUGCAAGACUUUGUUGCAGGCAUGGGGGGCAUGGCCCACAUAGAUGGUGAGCACAUUGUGGUGUCAGUCCCUGAAGCUGUACUGGUGUCUGAUGUGGUGACUGAUGAGGGGGUCCUGCUGGAGCAUGGCCUGGAGGCUGAGGUUGUCGAGGGUCCUGACAUAGGCCAUGAAGACGUCAUCGCUGCUGAGGGCGUGAUCAUGUCUGAAUCCAUUCUGGGUGCCGAGGUGGCCAUUGAGGAGGCUUUGGACACUGAUCACCAUGUCCUGGCUGCCGAUCUGAUUGAAGAGACUGUGCCCGACCAGGUGUUUGUGGCUGACCUCAUGUCUACGCAUGAGGAUAGCCCUCUGGACCACGAACUUGUGUCUGAGGAGGUGAUGGUCACCGACACGGAGACUGUCGUUCAGGAGCAUGAGACCAUGUCAUCCAGCGUCACUCUUAAGGCUGAUGAUGAUGAGGAUGGCAAAAGUACCUCAGAAGACUACCUCAUGAUCUCAUUGGAUGAUGUGGGGGAGAAGUUGGAUAUUGGUGAUACGCCAUUAAAGAUUAGCACGGAGGUCAGCCAGGACGAUGAUGGAUCCAAGGAGGAUGAGUUUGGAUCUGAGGUCAUCAAAGUGUACAUCUUUAAGGCCGAAGGGGAUGAAGAUGUGGAAAUAGGUGGGACAGAGGUGGUUGCAGAUAGCGAUUUCCCCAAUGGGCAUGCAGUGCUGGAGCCAGCGAGCACUGGCCGGCUGCCCAGGGAGAAGAUGGUCUACAUGGCAGUGAAGGACAGCAGCCAAGGCGACGUUGACAUGAAUGUUUCGGAGAUGACUGACCAGGUGUACAUGGAGGUGAUUGUUGGGGAGGACGAAGCUCCUGCCAUCCAGGAAACACAGCUGGAUGACUCGCCAUCUGACAAGACCUUUGUUCCUGUGGCAUGGGCAGCUGCUUAUGGUAACAAUCUGGAGUCUCGUUUAGAAACUAAGAAUGGUGCUGCCACACCCUACCUGCAAAUCAGCGACAGCAUUAGCACAAGUCGAGUUCUUAAACAAAAGAUAAAGAAGAAGAAGAAGGGAGAGACGCGGCAGUGCCAGACUGCUGUAAUUAUCGGCCCUGAUGGCCAGCCACUGACCGUCUACCCAUGUCACAUAUGUGGCAAGAAGUUCAAGUCACGAGGGUUCCUGAAGCGCCACAUGAAGAACCACCCGGACCACAUGUUCAAAAAAAAAUACCAGUGCACAGACUGCGACUUCACCACCAACAAGAAGGCCAGCUUCCAUAACCACCUGGAGGGCCACAAGCUCCUGGUGAAGAGCGAGAGGGUGCCCGAGUACACGGAAUAUACGCGGCACUACCGUGAGGCCAGCCCGCUCAGUCCCAACAAGCUCAUCCUCCGUGACAAGGAGCCCAAGCUGCACAGGUGCAAGUACUGCGAGUACGAGACAGCUGAGCAGGGCCUGCUCAACCGCCACCUGCUGGCCGUGCAUAGCAAGACAUUCGCACAUGUGUGCGUGGAGUGUGCAAAAGGCUUCCGGCACCCGUCCGAGCUGCGCAAGCACAUGCGGACGCACACGGGCGAGAAACCGUACCGCUGCCAGCACUGCGAGUUCCGCUGCGCUGACCAGUCUAACCUAAAGACUCAUGUCAAGAGCAAGCACGGUGCCGAGCUGCCGUUCAAGUGCGGCCACUGCCCACAGGCGUUUUCCGACGACAAGGAGCUGCAAAGGCACAUGGAGAUCUUCCAGGGCCACAAGACGCACCAGUGCCCACACUGUGAGCACAAGAGCACCAACUCGAGCGACCUGAAGCGCCAUGUCAUCUCUGUGCACACCAAGGACUUCCCGCAUAAGUGUGAUGUAUGCGAGAAGGGCUUCCACCGGCCGUCAGAGCUGAAGAAACAUGCGGAGACGCACAAGGGCAACAAGGUGCACCAGUGUAGGCACUGCGACUUUAAAAUCUCGGACCCUUUCACAUUGAGCAGGCACAUCCUGUCCGUGCACACCAAGGACCUGCCGUUCAAGUGCAAACGCUGCAAGCGUGGCUUCCGGCAACAAGGCGAACUCAAGAAACACAUGAAGACGCACAGCGGGCGCAAGGUCUACCAGUGCCAGUACUGCGAGUACAACACUGCAGACGCAUCGGGCUUCAAGCGCCAUGUCAUCUCCAUCCACACUAAGGACUAUCCGCACAGGUGUGACUACUGCAAGAAGGGCUUCCGGCGACCCUCCGAAAAGAACCAGCACAUAAUGCGGCAUCACAAAGAGACACUCAUGUAACAUGUCACCCCACAGCUCUUCUCCCAAUCCCUAAAACUAGAGCCCAAAUUACACUGAGGAAAAAAAGGGAAGGGAAUGCUACAGAUUAGCUAAGUAAUUAAUGACACAAUUAUAACUGUUAUCCACCUUUUGCCCUGCAGGUUUGUGUUUUUUGUGUUUUUUGGGCUGCUUUUUUUUUUUUUUUUUUUUUUUUUUUUUUUGUUUGUUUGUUUGUUUUUUUUAGCUUUUCAAAUAACCUUUCAAGGCCACUUGCCAUGUUCCUGAAGCAGACUGGGCUGUAAAUGUGUGAAACUAGGCAGUAACAGUCACUGUUGUCAUUUUAUCAUUGUCCACAAAUUUACUGCAAGAAAACCACUGAUUGGGUAGUAUCUCAAAUGUCUAUAUUUUUGAAUCUUCUUUGCUGAAAUGGUGCAAGUAAAACAAUGUCCUUAAUGUUAAUUGGGUAAGUGAUGCUUGAAGUGCUGUCAUUUAAAAGAAAGCACAGUAUGACAUUUUACAAGGAUCCCUGUGAUCACUUUGGUGUGGGCUGCAAUGUACUCCAUCAGCCAGUGUUUUACCAGCUAGCAGUGUGCCUGCCCCCCCCCCCCUUUUUUUUUAAUUUUUUUUUUAGCAAUCUCAGUCAUCAUGUUGAGUUUCACUAGGUCAUCUGUGGUAUCUGAAUUCUCUACUUUUGCAUGUUUACAUAUGUAUUAUGCAGCAUGCAUAUGUAAACAUGUAUAUGUGCAAAUAGUUAACAACAUGCUCACUCUGAGUAGUCUUUCAAUGGCAACCAGUAAUAUUUUUUUUCCUGAUGAAUUUUAUGAUGGGCUCUUAAUCUUGGUCAAAAAUUGAAGUCACUGUAGUUGGAAUAAAUAUUUUAGCUGUUACCUUUGUGAAUGCCACUACUUAAUGUGUACGUAUAAUCACAUGCAACACAUGUAAUUGGCAAAGGUGCAUAUAUUGCCAACUAUUUUGGAUUUUGACUUGGUCAUGCCUUAUCUGUAUUGUAUUUUUUUCUUGCACUGAAUUCAGUAAAUCAAAAGUGAUUAUUAUUUUUUUUAA